AUUACUAUUAAUUGAAACAAUUUUAGACUUUCUUUUUUAAAUUUAUAACGAAAUACUAAGUUAAGUUUCUUUAAAAAUCCUUUAAUUUUAAAAUAAAAUGCUAGCAGUACAAGGCGGUAUUCCAGAUAAAGCAUGGCAACCCCAUUUUGUUUCAUUCGAAACAUCAAUGGGUGAGAUAACAUUUGAGCUUUAUUGGAAACACGCACCAAAUACAUGUCGUAAUUUUGCCGAACUAUCAAGAAGAGGUUACUAUAAUAAUACUAUAUUUCAUAGAGUUAUACAAGAUUUUAUGAUUCAGGGAGGGGAUCCUACUGGUACUGGUCGUGGUGGUCAAUCAAUUUAUGGCCCAACAUUUCCUGAUGAAAUUCAUCCUGAUCUUAAACAUUCUGGAGCUGGUAUUUUAUCAAUGGCAAAUAGUGGUCCAGAUACGAAUGGAUCUCAAUUUUUUAUAACAUUAGCGCCCACACAAUGGCUAGACAACAAACACACAAUAUUUGGUCGGGUAUAUUCCGGUAUGCAAAUUGUUAAAAGAAUUGGUAUGACUGAAACCGAUAAAAAUGACCGGCCAGUUGAUAAUGUUAGAAUAAUUAAAGGAAAAGUUGAAAAAUUCUAGAUAUAUUAAAAUAAA